AUGGUUGAUAAUAUCACUUCCUAUUCAAACCCAUCAACUAUACUUCACAACUACAACCCAACACUCACAUCAUCUUCUUCACACCAACACCAUGAUCAUAAUCUAUACCAUCAGGAUCAUGAUCAUCAGGAUGAUCAUCAGGAUGAUCAACGGUCAGGAAUGAUCAAAGAGCAAGAUCGUUUACUACCCAUUGCUAACGUUGGAAGAAUCAUGAAGCAAAUCUUACCUCCAAAUGCUAAGAUCUCGAAGGAAGCGAAAGAAACGAUGCAAGAAUGUGUUUCAGAGUUUAUAAGUUUUGUUACGGGAGAAGCUUCAGAUAAAUGUCAUAAAGAAAAACGUAAAACUGUUAAUGGUGAUGAUAUUUGUUGGGCACUUUCUUCAUUAGGGUUUGAUGAUUAUGCAAACCCUUUGAAAAGGUAUCUUAAUCGGUACCGUGAAUUUGAAGGAGAAAGAGUUGCUAAUCAGAACAAGGAAAGGGAAAGGGAUUAAAUUAAUUAACAUCCAUCACUAAUUAAUUAACUUCUUAUAAGAGUUGUUAAUUAAUUAGCUUGGUAAUUACUAAUUACCUUAGACCCUGAUCAUAUAUAGUUGCUUAUAAGCGAGAUACACUAAGUAUGAUGAUGAUAUAUGAUGGUGGUUAUUACUAAUUAGCAUCUUUUUAAUGCUUUUUUUUUUAUUUU